AUGGGAAGCACAAAUCCUUCUUCCACUCCCACUCCCACUCCCGAUGCCCAAAAUCCCUCCAUCCAACACUGGCAAAAUGGAUUAGUCCUCUACUCCAACUUCAUCACACCUCAAGAAGAAUCCGAAAUCAUCUCUUCAAUCCAAAAAGAUGAUCGUUGGUGCGGAAUCGGUAAGCGACAAACCAUGCAUUAUGGUGCGCAUUUUGAUUAUACCACUUUCUGCGCUUCGGAGACGUGGACCGAUGUCCCAGAUUGGAUGGAGAAAUUGGUGGGGAGAUUGCCGUUUAAGGGGGAAGGGGAAGGGCGGGUGGAUCAAUUCACCGUGCAGUAUUAUCCACCGGGAACGGGCAUCCCACCACAUGUGGAUACGCACUCGGCGUUUGGAGAGUAUUUGUAUAGCUUGAGUUUGGGGUCGGCGGUACCGAUGGGGUUUAAGAGGUGUGGGGGAAAUGAGGAGAGGAAGAUGAGGAGGCCGAAGAGGUCGUUGGGGGAGGUGAGUGGGGAUGUGAGGAGGAAGGCGGAUGAGGAUGGAGAGGAGAAGUGGGAGGUUUGGUUGAGGGAGAGGAGUUUGUUGGUUAUGAGGGGGGAGGCGAGAUAUGGGUUUGUGCAUGGGAUUAGGGGGAGGAAGUUCGAUGUGGAUGGGGAAGGGGAGGGGGCGAGCGUGAAGAGGAGGAGAGGGGGGAGAUGGAGUAUUACGAUGAGGAGUGUGAAGAGAGGGAAGGAGAUGGGGUGUGAGUGUGCGUUUCCGGGGGUUUGUGAUGCGAGGAUUAGGGAGGAGAGGGAGAGGGAGGAGAGGGAGAGGGAGGAGAGGGAGAGGGAGGAGAGGGAGAGGGAGAAAGAGAAAGAGAGAGAAAGGGAAAUCCGGGAAGAUGGUGAAUGUAUACCUGCAGUUCCACCUAAAUAA